GCCGCGCCCGGGAGCCGAGGGCGGCAGCGCGAUGGCAGUCUCCGAGCUCUACACAAAGUCUGCCAGGGUUUGGAUCCCUGAUCCAGAGGAAGUCUGGAAGUCAGCAGAACUUCUCAAAGAUUAUAAACAAGGAGAUAAAAUCAUCCAGAUUCGACUCGAAGAGGGAAAGGAAAUAGAAUAUUGCCUUGAUCCUAAGACCAAGGAACUGCCUCCUUUACGAAACCCUGACAUACUUGUUGGUGAAAAUGAUCUCACAGCACUCAGUUAUCUCCAUGAACCUGCUGUUCUACACAACCUCAAAGUUCGCUUUAUUGAUUCAAAACUCAUUUAUACCUAUUGCGGUAUCGUCUUGGUAGCCAUAAAUCCGUAUGAGCAGCUGCCUAUCUAUGGCGAAGACAUCAUCAAUGCAUACAGUGGUCAGAAUAUGGGGGAUAUGGAUCCACACAUCUUUGCUGUGGCUGAAGAAGCAUAUAAACAGAUGGCCAGAGAUGAACGGAAUCAGUCAAUCAUUGUAAGUGGGGAAUCUGGAGCAGGAAAGACUGUCUCUGCUAAGUAUGCCAUGAGAUAUUUUGCCACUGUAAGUGGUUCUGCCAGUGAAGCUAAUGUUGAAGAGAAAGUACUGGCUUCCAACCCUAUCAUGGAGUCCAUCGGAAAUGCCAAAACCACAAGGAAUGACAAUAGUAGUCGUUUUGGAAAGUACAUUGAAAUUGGUUUCGAUAAGAGAUACCGAAUCCUUGGUGCUAACAUGAGAACUUACCUCUUAGAAAAAUCAAGAGUGGUAUUUCAGGCAGAAGAGGAGAGAAAUUAUCACAUUUUCUACCAGCUCUGUGCCUCUGCAGCAUUACCUGAGUUUAAAACACUGCGAUUAGGCAAUGCAAAUUACUUUCACUAUACGAAGCAAGGGGGUAGUCCAGUGAUUGACGGCAUUGAUGAUGCUAAGGAAAUGGUACACACCAGACAGGCCUGCACUUUGCUAGGGAUUAAUGAUUCCUACCAGAUGGGAAUCUUUCGAAUCCUCGCUGGGAUCCUUCACCUGGGCAACGUGGGGUUUACCUCUCGGGAUGCUGACAGCUGCACAAUCCCUCACAAACAUGAACCCCUCACCAUCUUCUGUGACCUCAUGGGGGUGGAGUACCAAGAGAUGUCCCACUGGCUUUGCCAUAGGAAGCUUGCUACUGCCUCUGAGACCUACAUCAAACCAAUUUCCAAACUGCAGGCCAUCAAUGCCAGAGAUGCUCUUUGCAAACAUAUCUACGCUAAACUCUUUAACUGGAUUGUUGAUCAUGUGAACAAAGCUCUGCAUUCUACUAUAAAGCAGCAUUCUUUCAUUGGCGUAUUGGACAUUUACGGGUUCGAGACAUUUGAGAUAAACAGCUUUGAACAGUUUUGUAUAAACUAUGCCAAUGAAAAACUGCAGCAACAGUUCAAUAUGCAUGUCUUUAAGCUGGAACAGGAGGAAUAUAUGAAGGAACAAAUUCCAUGGACCUUGAUUGAUUUCUAUGACAAUCAGCCUUGUAUUAAUCUCAUAGAGGCCAAAUUGGGCAUCUUGGAUCUGCUAGAUGAGGAAUGUAAGAUGCCUAAAGGAUCAGAUGACUCUUGGGCCCAGAAAUUGUAUAAUACACAUUUGAAGAAAUGUGCACUCUUCGAAAAACCACGUAUGUCAAACAAAGCUUUUAUCAUACAACACUUCGCUGACAAGGUGGAAUAUCAGUGUGAAGGCUUUCUGGAAAAGAACAAAGACACAGUUUAUGAAGAACAAAUCAAGGUCCUAAAAUCAAGUAAGAAGUUUAAGAUGCUUUCAGAGUUGUUUCAGGAUGAGGGGAAGGCCCUUAGUCCCACCUCAGCAACCUCUUCAGGUCGCAUGCUGCUGUCUCGCACUGCUGUAAAACCCGCCAAGGCCAAACCAGGUCAAGCAAGCAAAGAACAUAAGAAAACUGUAGGACAUCAGUUUCGGAACUCUCUUCAUCUGCUGAUGGAAACCCUUAAUGCUACAACUCCACACUACGUGCGUUGUAUUAAACCCAAUGACUUCAAGUUUCCAUUCACGUUUGAUGAAAAGCGAGCAGUUCAGCAGCUCAGAGCUUGUGGUGUUCUGGAAACUAUCCGGAUCAGCGCAGCUGGCUUCCCCUCAAGGUGGACGUAUCAAGAGUUCUUCAGCCGCUACCGUGUCCUGAUGAAGCAAAAAGAUGUUCUUAGUGACAGAAAACAGACAUGCAAAAAUUUGUUGGAGAAGCUGAUUCUGAACAAGGAUAAGUACCAGUUUGGUAAGACAAAAAUAUUUUUUCGGGCUGGUCAAGUCGCCUAUCUGGAAAAAAUAAGAGCAGAUAAGCUGAGAGUUGCCUGCAUCCGCAUCCAGAAGACAAUCCGAGGGUGGCUGAUGCGAAAGAAGUACCUGCGCAUGAGGAAAGCAGCCAUCACCAUUCAGAGAUAUGUCAGAGGGUACCAGGCACGAUGCUAUGCCAAGUUCUUGCGAAGAACCAGGGCUGCCAUCAUAAUUCAGAAGUUCCAGCGCAUGUAUGUGGUUCGGAAAAGAUACCAUCUCAUGCGAGCUGCCACUAUUGUGCUUCAGUCACUUUUACGAGGUUACAUAGCAAGGAACAAAUACCAGCAGAUGCUUCGAGAGCACAAGGCUAUUAUUAUUCAGAAGCACGUGCGGGGCUGGCUGGCUUGUGUGUGCUACCAUAGGAGCUUGAAGGCAAUUGUCUACCUGCAAUGCUGCUAUAGGCGUAUGAUGGCCAAGAGGGAGCUGAAGAAGCUGAAGAUAGAGGCGCGCUCUGUGGAACGGUACAAGAAACUCAAUAUUGGGAUGGAGAACAAGAUCAUGCAGCUGCAGCGUAAAGUUGAUGAGCAGAACAAAGACUACAAAUCCCUGCUGGAGAAACUAACUAACCUGGAAACCACAUACAACACAGAGACCGAGAAGCUGCGGAGUGAUGUGGAAAGGCUUCGCAUGAGUGAGGAGCAGGCUAAGAACGCCACGAACCGCGUGAACACGCUCCAGGAGGAGAUCACCAAGCUUCGAAAGGAGCUGCACCAAACACAGUCUGAGAAGAAGACAAUUGAGGAAUGGGCAGACAAAUACAAACAGGAAACGGAGCAGUUGGUAUCAGAACUAAAAGAGCAAAACACAUUACUGAAAAAGGAAAAGGAGGAGCUGAAUCGUCGCAUCCAUGAUCAGGCCAAGGAGAUGACAGAGACCAUGGAGAAGAAGCUUGUUGAGGAAACGAAACAGCUGGAGCUAGAUCUGAAUGAUGAAAGGUUAAGGUAUCAGAAUCUGCUGAAUGAGUUCAGCCGCUUAGAGGAGCGCUAUGAGGAUCUCAAGGAUGAGGUGAAUCUGAUGGUGAGCAUCCCCAAGCCUGGGCACAAAAGAACGGAUUCCACACACAGCAGCAAUGAAUCUGAAUAUACAUUUAGCUCUGAGAUUACAGAGACAGAAGACUUACCACUGAGAAUGGAGCAGGAGCCAAGUGAGAAAAAGGCACCACUGGACAUGUCUCUGUUCCUCAAGCUGCAGAAACGGGUUACAGAGCUGGAGCAGGAAAAGCAAUCCUUGCAGGAUGAACUGGACAGGAAGGAGGAACAGGCUCUCCGCAUCAAGACCAGGGAGGAGGAGGAAAGACCGCCAAUGAGAGGCGCAGAACUAGAGUAUGAGUCACUCAAGCGUCAAGAACUUGAAUCUGAGAACAAGAAGCUGAAGAAUGAGCUGAAUGAGCUGCAGAAGGCCCUUUUGGAGAAGAGUUCUCCAGAGGUGACUGCUCCUGGUGCCCCUGCCUAUAGAGUCCUCCUGGAUCAGCUUACCUCAGUAAGUGAGGAACUGGAGGUACGCAAAGAAGAAGUCCUCAUCCUGAGGUCUCAGCUGGUGAGUCAGAAGGAGGCUAUUCAACCCAAGGAGGAUAAGAAUACUAUGACAGAUUCUACAAUCCUCUUGGAGGAUGUACAGAAGAUGAAAGACAAAGGAGAAAUAGCACAGGCAUAUAUAGGGCUAAAGGAAACAAACAGGCUCCUAGAAUCUCAGCUUCAGUCCCAGAAAAAGAGUCACGACAAUGAGCUGGAAGCUCUCCGGGGUGAGAUUCAGAGUCUGAAGGAGGAGAAUAACCGCCAGCAGCAGCUUUUAGCACAGAACCUGCAGCUGCCCCCGGAGGCCCGGAUUGAGGCCAGUCUACAGCAUGAGAUCACCCGGCUGACUAAUGAAAACCUGUUUUAUGAGGAGUUAUAUGCAGAUGAUCCCAUGAAGUAUCAGUCGUAUCGGAUUUCACUUUACAAGCGGAUGAUUGAUUUAAUGGAGCAGCUUGAAAAGCAGGACAAGACAGUUCGCAAGCUGAAAAAGCAGCUGAAAGUGUUUGCUAAAAAGAUUGGUGAACUUGAAGUGGGCCAGAUGGAAAACAUUUCACCUGGGCAAAUUAUUGAUGAACCCAUACGUCCAGUUAAUAUUCCACGGAAAGAAAAGGACUUCCAAGGAAUGUUAGAAUAUAAGAAGGAUGAUGAGCCAAAACUGGUCAAGAAUCUUAUUUUAGAACUGAAACCACGUGGUGUAGCAGUCAACCUGAUCCCAGGACUACCAGCAUAUAUAUUAUUCAUGUGUGUCCGCCAUGCUGAUUACCUUAAUGAUGAUCAAAAAGUGAGAUCAUUGCUGACUUCCACUAUUAAUGGUAUCAAAAAAGUAUUGAAGAAAAGAGGUGACGACUUUGAAACGGUCUCCUUCUGGCUAUCUAAUACCUGCCGAUUUUUGCACUGUCUGAAGCAGUAUAGUGGAGAAGAGGGAUUUAUGAAGCACAACACGCCUCGUCAGAAUGAACACUGCCUCACCAAUUUUGACUUAGCUGAAUACAGACAGGUAUUGAGUGACUUGGCUAUUCAGAUCUACCAGCAACUCGUCAGAGUGUUAGAGAAUAUUCUGCAGCCAAUGAUUGUUUCAGGAAUGCUGGAGCAUGAAACUAUUCAAGGCGUCUCAGGGGUAAAGCCACCAGGGCUGCGAAAGAGAACGUCUAGUAUUGCUGAUGAAGGGACCUACACGCUGGACUCCAUCAUUAGACAGCUGAACACAUUUCACUAUGUAAUGUGUCAGCAUGGUAUGGAUCCGGAGUUGAUCAAGCAAGUUGUUAAGCAAACAUUCUACAUCACUGGGGCAGUAACCCUGAAUAACCUCCUUCUGCGCAAGGACAUGUGUUCCUGGAGCAAAGGGAUGCAGAUACGGUACAAUGUGAGUCAACUUGAAGAAUGGCUACGUGACAAAAAUUUGAUGAAUAGUGGGGCUAAAGAAACACUGGAGCCUCUCAUUCAGGCUGCACAGUUGUUGCAGGUGAAAAAGAAGACGGAUGAAGAUGCAGAAGCCAUUUGUUCAAUGUGCAAUGCUCUAACUACUGCACAGAUUGUAAAAGUUUUGAAUUUGUAUACUCCAGUUAAUGAGUUUGAAGAAAGGGUCUCAAUAUCAUUUAUACGUACGAUACAGAUGCGUUUACGAGACAGGAAAGACUCUCCUCAGCUGCUAAUGGAUGCUAAACACAUCUUUCCUGUUACUUUUCCAUUUAAUCCAUCCUCCCUUGCAUUAGAAACCAUUCAAAUUCCAGCCAGCUUGGGCCUAGCAUUCAUCUCACGUGUCUGAACCAAGGAUGCACUGUCAGCUGUUGACAAUGAGUCUGUUGCCUGAAAUCUGAAUCCAUUAAAACAUAGUGAGCCACUGAAAAUACGUUUUUGAAGGGACAACACUGUAUAUGCCCAGAUUUUUAGUAUGGGUAGCUGGAAAUCUACAUAACUGUACCACAACUGGAAGGCUGGUAGAAAGAUGUGCAUUUGUAUAGGUCAUUUUCAUGUAGACACAUUACUGAUUGUUACGUUUCCAGAGUAUGAAUAUAGGGCUUGGGCAAAAAUUGUCUUCAGCUGCCUAGAGACAUUUUUAGAUCUUUAGUAACAUAUUUAAAUAGUGUACAUUAAAAUCCAUACACAAUCUGCUCAUAGGUAGGGACCAAUAAGGACAGACACGGUACUAUAAGUGGAGGACUGGAAGUAAUGCAUUUUGUAGUAGAAUACAUAGUCAUGUAGGAAUCUAUUUCUCCAUUAGAGUUUUUGACAAUUUAAACAUAGCGAACUUGCAAUAUAUAAAACAAUUUGUUAAACAACUUCCUUAUUUAUGUCAGUAUGACAUAAAUUAUGAAGUAUUAAAGUCUUUUGGCUUACUGUGCGAUAUAACAUAGGUGUUCAUUUGUUAGUACUGUGGUUUACUAAACAUAUUAAACUGCUGCUGAAUAUUGUGUUCUUUAAAAUGUAUGACAGUAUCCUUUAUUAGGCACUAAAAUAAGAGACUUCACUUUUUAUUAUCAACUUUGUUUACAGUCCAAUGCAAUCUAUUCUUUUAACUGGAUUUAUGCAAAUGUCAACAAAUAUCACCUGGAAAGGAAAAAUGGUAACUAAGCACAAGUAGCACACUGGAAGUUACAUAAUAGUUUUCUUUAAAGAUAGGGCACUAAAAUACUCGUCUUGUGGCAAAA